AUGCCGCCGGAGCGCAGUAUCGACGAAGAUGAGGAAUACGAAUCUUCUCAGGAUUCCGACUUCGCGCCGGACGACGCGCCCGAAGCAGCGUCUGGCUCCUCAGACUCUGAAGAAGAAACAGAUGGAGCUUCUGGAAAGCGUCGACGACCGGCGAAGGACGUGAAGACCGACGGAGAAGAAAAUUAUGACAAUUCAGGCGACGAAGCGAUAAUUGGAAAGGGUCGGAAACGGCAGAAAAGAGCCAAGGCCAAGGGCGAAUCCGUAGAUGACGAAGGCGGCGAGGGCGGCUUAAUCAAGACAAGGAGACAACGUGCAGCAGAAAAAGAAGAGCGCCAGUAUGUUGCGAGCAGAGGGCCUGUGACGGUCGACAUCGAUGCUAUUUGGGCGGAGAUGUUGGCGGGAGGCACCCCAGCCGCUGGACAGCAGAACAGUGAAGAAGGCAAGCUAGCUAACGGGAAUGACACGGCCGCCACAAACGAGAAUCCCGAUUUAAAAGAAGACGAAUCUGCCAUGAUUCGCAUUAAACGCACAUACAACUUUGCCGGUCGAGUCCACACCGAAGAGAAGCUCGUAACUCGCGACUCGGCCGAAGCCAAGCUCUACCUCGCCUCGCAAGGCGAAGAUGCGCUACCAGAUUCACUACCGAUCAAAAGACUGACCAAGAAAGCGUUCCGAUCGGCUUUUGAGCCCGUAGUAGAGGGAAUGACCAACCGCUCGGAUCUAAACCUUGGGCUAGCCGCCAGGAUGAAGGCGGCCAACGAAGCUCAGGCAAAGAAGCUCAACACGGUGGAGAAGAGUCGCAUGGACUGGGCCGGAUUCGUGGACAAGGAGGGCAUCAAGGACGAGCUGGCGCUGGCUGGCAAGUCCAAGGAUUCCUAUGCCUCGCGGCAAGACUUUUUGGCCCGGAGCGAGGCCAUGCGGGAGGGCGAAGCAAGAAAGGCGAGGGUGGCGGGGCGAGUGUAG